AUGAGCCCGGCAUUUGGAGCUAUGGAAGUGGAGCACUAUUCCAAAGGCGUCCUGCUAGAGCCUUUUGUUCAUCAGGUUGGAGGCCACUCCUGUGUCCUCCGGUUUAAUGACAAGACCAUCUGUAAGCCCCUUAUCCAGCGAGAACACCUGUUCUAUGAGACCCUUCCUACAGAAAUGCGUAAAUUCACUCCUCAGUAUGAAGGUAUGUUACCAACCUUAGAAGGGGGUUGGGCUUUUUUAUUCCUUUUGUAAAUCCAAAUGUGCUGUUUUGUCUCUAAAGUCUCUUAUGCUGAAGAGAUUUUAGGGGGUUUCUUUUCAUGCAUUUUGAUAUUGUCUGAGCCAGGCUGUGGAGAUACAGGGUGGAGAUGCUUGCCAGUGGGUCUUUGGGCUGAAUAACAGCAUUAGAGUAGAACAACUCUGCUGAUGAUAGCCUAUAGAUCGGCCUUAGGCACAGGUAGGUAAGUAUAUUGAUAAUAGCUUGUAAAUGUUUUCAGUAAUAAUGUGCUGCUUCUUUCUGAUUUGUAUGUAUGUGUGCACUUUUUAAAACAAAACAAAAAAUAAACUGGAUAAGAUUUGCUUGUCUUACAGAAGUUUAUUGUGGCUCUUUGGAUUCUUUUCUACCUCUAACAAUUUGGUCAGCAUAGCAGGGAAGUUAAAAUUUACUGUUAAAACAUAUUCAGCUUGUUUUUGCCCUUAAGGAGAUGGGGAAAAAAUGCGGUCAUUAGGUAGGCAAAAGGUGAAAUACCGUUGAAGAGACUGUCUCAGAUGGUAUGUGGGAGUAGAUAUUCCAGUUCUUAGCAUUGCAUUAGUUGACCAAAACUUUUAACUUUGAAUGAGGUACUACUGGAAUUUAAUUAAAGAUACCCGAAUUUUUAAAAUCUGAUUACCUUUUUACAUUGUAUUAUAUUUAUUCACUGAAUAAAGCAACCACUAUUUCACCAAUUAAAAGACUAAGAGAUGUCUCUUAGUUGUAUUGCUAUAUGAUGUGCACGCUUACUGAAACAUUUGAAAACUUCUCAUUACAAGCUUUUGGAAUGAAUAGAUGAAAAUGUACUUUAUAAAUGUUUGAUAGAAUGUAAUAAAUUGUACUAGCAUAUGUGGUUUUUCUCUUUUGGAGAUGUGUGGGAGGGAUUCAGGGGUAAGGGGGGGCCUCAUUUGGUCCAUCUCUGUUGUUUUUUCCAGGAUAAAGUCAAAGGCCAUUUUCUAGCUGGCUUCCCCCCCUUUCCUGUAGCUCUUUCCUGUGUGGGCAGCAGGACUGUCAGUCAGAGCUUCCGCACUCCCUACCCUUGCUACUGUAGGUCCCAGAGCUGCCUGCCCUUCUCAGAAGUGCCAGUCUCUCGCCAAGAACUCUAGUGAUGAGCGGCAAGAAUGUACAGAUUGAUUGAUUUCAGGAUAAAGAGAGAGGACUGAGGAAAAAAAGCCCCAUUCAGCCAGUUGUUACAACUUCUGCCAUAGCAUUCCUAUAUGGCACUGUCAGAACUUUCCUCUAAGACUCUCAAAACAUAAGACAAUGCUCUAGAGACUCUGAGAUGAGGAAGCAAAAAUGCUUUCAAAGUUCACCAUGUUUUGAUGUAUCUCAGUCAAAUUUGUUUUGUACUUCAUUUUGUUAUUUCCUUUGCAAGACUGCUACAUAACUGAAAUCAAUAAAAUAUAUUCCCCCAAGGAAAAUAAAAAUUGUAAAGUUAAACGUGGUGAUUCUAAGUGGAACCCUUUGAAUUAGUUGUCUGUUGUAAUGUGUGAUGUUGUUCUUGUUUUGCUCUGCUCUUGCAAGCCUUUCCUUUUCCCUGGAAUCUAUUAACCCUCCUGAAAGCCUUUUGUUUGGAUAAGUGCUUUUAGCUUUGCUGUUAAGCAAAACUUAAAGCUUUUGGUGUUUCUGUGCAGGGCACAUUUCACUGCAAGAUGUAAAUAUACAAUGUUUUACAUCUCUUCUAGGGACAGAUAAGUCAGAUUUUUUAAAAAAGAAAAUAAUAAAAAAUUUCAAUAAUUGAAAACGUCUCCUGUUAUUAUUUGAUUCCUAUGUGAUUCUGCUCACGAGAAGAAUCUCCUGUAUCAUUAAUGUGUUGUCUUCAUGAUAAAUUGUCUUCUCUGUGAGGUGUCACUUUGUCUAGAUGUUUUGAUAUUUGUUAGGUUGACAGAUGAGUUUUGGCCUGUGGCAAGAUAAAAAACUAAGGACUGGGGUAAGAGAAAAACCAAAGUUGCUAUAUUCUUAGUGCAAAAUUAUGUUGUGUUGUAAGCUGUAUAUGCUUCUCAUUUCUUUAAUUUUAACUGUAUAUCUUAUUUUUCCUCUGAAGGUGUGGUAUCGGUAAGCUUUGAAGAGGAUGAAGACGGAAACCUGUGUCUAAUAGCAUAUCCAUUAAAUGGGGACCAUGAUAACUUGGAAAGCCUAGAUAAUUCUGAAUGUGAACCUAAAAAUAAAUUGUUACGGUGGACUAAUAAAAAGACUGUAUUGCUAGAAAAUGAAAAGUUAACAAAGGAGUGGGUUCGACAGCACCGAAAAGAAGAGAAAAUGAAAAGGUAACUAAAAAAAGAGUAAGCAAAGCAAAAGCUAAUAUCAUGAUUCUUCUGUGUACACUCAAAUCUCAUGAAUUGCAAAAAAUAAAAUAAAAAAAAUGCAGUGCAAUCCUAAGCAUUUUUACUUGGAAGCAGUUCCAAUUGUAUUUAAUGGGUUUCCUUAUAGAUGACUGUAUAAAACUACAGACUUAGUGUGGUAAAACUGGAUAGGGUUGUAUACUGUACAUUUUUGUGCCUAGAAAGUCAUUUUUCAAAUUUAAGUAAGGAGCUCUGAAAUUCUAGUUUUUCAGGCCUACAAUAUAUUUAAGUUGAUUGAUUUCAGGAUUAGAUUGAGGCAUUUUAAGUAGGAGAAGAAUAUCUGGAACAUGGUGUCAUUUGAAUCUUGAAAGUUAUAAACUGUAGCAACUGUUAAAUAAUGCUCUUCAAAUAUAUAUAUAAGAGGCCAUGUUAGGCUGAUGCUUCAAAAGCAAUCAAAAAUAUUGUGGCACCUUACAAACAAGGCACUUAUUUAUUUAGCUUUUGUGGACUAGAAUCAGUGCUCAUCGGAUGCCAGUACUCUUUUAAAAACAUGGGUGAAGGCUUGACUGAGAAACCAUGGGACAAAUUACUUGGUUAAUAUAAGAAAGAUAGUGGAUGCCACUUUUUAGUUUAAAAAUCAUUGUGAAAUAGGCUAGUUGUAAGCAAUGCACGAGUGAAGGCUAGCAGAGCACAAAUAUUUUCAAAUGAUUUUUGAAAGGCUAGGAUACUUCCACUUGACCACUAAUACUAAGGUUUGGUUCUUAUUUUUCAGCCAUAAGUUAGAGGAAGAAUUCGAAUUGCUGAAGAAAUCUGAAGUGCUGUAUUACAGUGUGGAGAAAAAAGGAAAUGUCAGUUCUCAGUUUAAACACCAUAAUCCUUGGAGUAUGAAAUGUCAUCAGCAGCAGUUAAAGCGAAUGAAGGAAAAUGCAAAACAUCGGAAUCAAUAUAGUAUCCUUUGUGCAAAUAAAUGAAUGACAACUGAACAAGAACCACAUUAUCGUAGGAACUGAAUAGUUAAAUAUCAAAUGUGACAAGUCACUGAAACGGGAACUUUUAGACCAAAUUUGUGUUUCUCAGCAUUGGCUGAUGGAAGUGACUACAAUGUACUAUUUUCUGCUGUUGGAAUUCAGGCUCUCACAUAGUUCUUAGGCUGAUGCUACAUAAAUCUGCAGACCAUUUACCUUUACAGUAGCCCGCAAUUGAUGUGUAAUCUCUGCAUUUGGUGGAGGAUAUUGAUGGUAGUGCUGUUGUCUGCAUUAUGUAAGGAACCAUGUUGGUCAUGCUUCAGUCCAAGCCAAUCUACCUCUAAGCCAGUACAGUUUGUUGAGGAGUGAUCUGUGCUGACAGUGGUAUGAGUACAGAUGUGCCUUUAAAUCAAGAUAUUCCUUAGUGCACAUCUAAUUUUUAUAAAUGGAACCUCAUGCUUUAAUUAGUGGAUAGACCCAGUGAAGUAAAGUUCUGCUGUUUCUUUAUGUUGGAACCACCAGCAUUCUUUCCUCAAAUGGCACCAGAGGGCUUAAUCUCUACCUCUCAUGAUCCUCAUGAUCACACAUUCAAAUGUAUCUUGGUUUGCUUUUUUAAUCGGCCCAAAGAAGUAUGUAUGUUUUUUUGUUCAGUUGUAUGGAGAAAAAUAAUGCUAUCUUAAGUGACAGAGCCAGGAGCUUAUUGUCUCUUCUUCUCUAUUUUUUAUUUCCAGUAGAAUAUCUGAUAGAGGGAGAUCAUGUUUAACACAUAUUCUUUGUAGAUAAAGAGCUCAUGUGCUACACGUAAACCCACUUCCCUAAAUCAUAUAAAUGCAGUCUACAGGGAUUGGCUUGUAGACACCUCGACAUUCUGUGAUUGCCAUUGGAGGCAAAUAGAUAAAGGGGUCUGUGUGCCGAAAAUAAUAAAUGUGCUGCUGGUUCUCUGAUGUAGCACAAAGAUGAUGUUUGGCUGUAUUUUGUCUUUAAGUAGCCUAUUUACUGUAUGCUUCUGGAAAUGAAUGUACAGGGGUACCUCAGGUUAAGAACUUAAUUCAUUCUGGAGGUCCGUUCUUAACCUGAAACUGUUCUUAACCUGAGGUACCACUUUAGCUAAUUGGACCUCCCGCUGCUGCCACACGUUUUAUGUUCUCAUCCUGAAGCAAACUUCUUAAUGCGAGGUACUAUUUCUGGGUUAGCGGCGUCUGUAACCUGAAGCGUCUGUAACCCGAGGUACCACUGUAUAAGAACUGCUAAUGGGUUUUUUUCAGGGGGACAUUAAACCCUUAGAACACUGAAAAAUGUUCAGUGAAAAUACGCAGGUUCUCUGCACAAACCUUGUAGAGAAAUUUUCUGAUGGAGUUGUCUGAAAUAUUGAUAACUUAUCAUCAAUAUCUGAUUGGGAUAGUUUAUAAUAUUUUUCUACAGUUGAGAAGAGCAGCUGAAUAGUUUAUCCAAGGGUUUAUCCAUGAGUUAUGUGUCAGAGCAAAAGCUUGCUGAAGCCAAAUUGAUUGUUUGACAGAUUCUGUCCUAAAUCUCCACCAUCUCAGAGAACAAUGCUUUUCUUUGGUUUGUGGAAAACAAGGCAUUUUAUGAUACAGACCUGCCUGACUGUUAAAAUCAGCAGGGGAGGCCUUGCUGGGGGAGCACUGCUAUUUGAGGCCCAAGAGGUAGUGGUAUUCUGGGGACCUUCUCUGUAGUUACCCCCCCCCCCAAUAUGCCCAGUUAUGGAACACCUUCCCCAUGGCAAAGGGGCCAGCACUCUACCUGGCACUAUCACCAGACUCUUUUCAUUGGUCAUCUGGGAGCAGAUGAGUAAUUUUAGAUUGGGUUGUACCCCCCCUUGCACUAUAGUAAUUUCUGUGUUCCAAGUAAGGUAUUUAAUAUAUUUUAUUGAAUGUUCGUAUCCUGCCCCUUGUAGUGAAAGGUGGAUAACAAUGAGUUUAAAAUGCCAGUCAUUAAUAGUGAAGUUAAGCUUUACAAGUUCUAAUAUAGGGGCAACAUUGAGAAUUUUAAUUAUUGGUUGGAACAUUUCUUUAUUUCGGCUUCAAGUAUAAGAGUAAUUUUGGUCACAGUUCUUCCGAGCUUUCCUUAACUAAACAGAAUUUAUCUUACUGGAAAACCUAACCUCGCGUUAUGAGGUGCCUUGUGUGUUAGAUCUCAAGAUGGGAACCCGGCAGCAUGGAGAUGAUGCAUCUGAAGAAAAGAAGGCAAAUCAAAUCCGGAAGUGUCAGCAGAGCACUUCAGCAGUUAUAGGAGUCCGAGUUUGUGGUAUGCAGGUGAGUUUCAGAAAGAGCAGGAAUGAAUAGUUUCUGCUUAUUAGACUGUGAGUGAAACCAAUUUCUAUUUGCGUUUUCUUCAAGUGGAAAAAUUCUGGCUUUCCUUAGGCAAGGAUUGCACUGUUCUGAAUUUUGUGAGCUACUGAUUACAGUUGUCAUCAAAUAGUAGAAUUAAGUGCAGUGGCGCUGUACAUUUCUCAUUAUAUAUUUCAGGCAAUUUAAGAAUGGUGUCCUCCUUAUUUUCUCUAAUUCAAAAAAAUUCAGUGGUGUUACUCAUUUUAGGCAAUUUUGUAACCUUCCCACUUCCUACUUUUCUAGCUGAGAAAUUUUACAUUUUAUUCACCAUCUUGCUGAAGAAAGCUCCAGAACGUGGCAGUAUCACUGUAAUCAGGCGGAUGGGCCACUUGAGAGCAAUGCUCUUCCUUAUCAAGAGCGGAGAAAGUGAGCCACUGUGCCUUUCUCUCACCAUGCAUGGAAUUUGCUAUUUAACCAUCAGGCUGUCCUUGAUUAAGAAAUCCAAUAUGGGAGAUGAUCACAGAGAGUUCGUUUCCACAUGCAUGUGCAUGGAGUGAAGCAUGCACUCAAAAAUCCUCUCUAGCAAUGCAUUCUCUUCCCUCCCAUACUAGCAGAUUGAUUGAUUUAUUUUAAAUGCAGAUUCUGUCCUGGAGUCCUGAAAGACUAAAUUUGAAUGCAGAUAAACUGCAAAUUAUUCACGAUACUAAUAGGCUGCACCCUUGCUUUUUUAAAAAAAUAGUUUUUAUUAAGGAUUUUUUUGUGGUAGUCUGCACUAAGUCUUUGUAGUGUGCACACUUCAGAAAAACAACCAAAGGAAGGCUCCUUUCACAAAUAACAUGAUUGUAACUGUAAGGCAAGCUGUUACUAUUUAUUUGGGUGUUUGUUUGUUUGUUUCACCUUUCAUUCUGGAAAGAUUUCUAAGACACCUUGCAAUUUAAAAGUAAAUAAAUAAAAUUACAUUGAAGCUGCUGCUUUUCCCUUUGGAUCAUUGUGGCUGUUCAUGUUGACUUUGAUCGCAACAUAUUGCUCAAAAGGACUUGACAGCUGGGUGAAAGUUGCCUAGCCGUGUGCACUUUAUUCCCUUCACUGCAGGCAUUUUCACUGUCCAGAGGUAGAGUAGGUGGUAACAGUUAGCUGUUCUGCUGCCUGGCUGUUUAGUUAUUCCCUGUAAGUGAAAGAUGCAAGUGAAUGGGGCAGUAUGGACAAUAAAAAUAGUUAGGGCUCCUUGCUUCUCUGCUGGCUCUAUGCAUCCUUUUAUGCAAGCUUGGUUUGAAUGGAAUGACUACUAUGAGAGAGGAACUUUUCAUCUUUCUGUACAACUAGAAGAGGUCACCUAUCCCACUUUUUCUUUCCUUUGUUACUUUUAGUUGUAAACAUCUCUGUGCUUUCCCUUUAACAGCAGCAUCUCCUUUGCAAAUGAUGCUUGGAAGGUAUAAACAUGGUAUUCAUAGUCCCUUUCCUUAUUUCAGGCUGCAGGAUAUUGCUCCAGUAGUUUCUUAGUUCAUUCUUUCUGCUUUUAGAGAUCCUAGUUUUAGUCACCAUGCUUAAUUUUUAUCCAUUUGAGGGCCAGCUUGUACCGUCAUUUCAGUUUAGUCUUCAAGGACUGACUCAUUAAUCUUUGCUACCAUUUUAGCAGAUACUAAUAUGAUUUGUUAUGGUGUGUUAAAAUAUAUUUUCAUUGUCUCAGUUAUAUGCUUCAAGCUAUUGAUUUCUUCUGCGAUGUAGACAUACACAAUAAUUUUAUUUAAAGGGCCAUUUACCCCUUCAUGAGAUUGCCACCAGUAGCUUUUCAAAAUGAAUUAACAAGCAUAGGCAUGAUACUGCUGUUAUUGGGCUGAGUUACCAAAUGCCAUUAUGCAUGUUGUAACUUGACUUUUGAAAUAGUGGCCAAGUAAAUUCCUAAUCCUACUUAAAUUCCAUGGUCUUAUUUCAUCAAUGGAAAAACAAUAAUAUACACCUUAAGAAUCUGCUUUGGAAUUAAAACGUGUUAUAUAUGAAUGAUUUGGCAGUUAGAAUAUUCCACCUCUGACUUCCUUCAGCUAUAUCAGAAGACUUUUGAAAAGUUUUCAUUCUCUUCUGAAGCAUAUAAUUUCUUGAGGGUUUUAAUUCAAAGUUACUGUUUCAUUCAGUGCUAACAAGUCCUUUUCUUGCCUUGUAUUUUCUACAGGUUUAUCAGCCAGGUUCUGGCCAGUUAAUGUUCAUGAAUAAAUACCAUGGAAGGAAGCUUUCGGUCCAAGGAUUUAAAGAAGCACUUUACCAGUUCUUUCAUAAUGGGAAAUACCUGCGAAGAGAACUCUUUGAACCUGUUCUAAAGAAACUGACUGAAUUAAAAUCAGUCUUGGAGAAACAGGAAUCUUACCGCUUUUACUCCAGUUCUUUGCUCAUCAUUUAUGAUGGAAAGGAAUUACAAGAGGUAGCCGUGGACUCUGAUCCAGAAGACCUUGAAGGCCUUUCAGAGGAGUCUUCAGAUGAAUCGGCAGGCGCAUAUGCCUAUAAGCCUACUGCUAGCUCAGUUGAUGUUCGAAUGAUAGACUUUGCCCAUACAACUUGCAGGUAUUACGGAGAAGAUAGCGUGGUGCAUGAGGGCCAAGACACGGGUUAUGUUUUUGGACUUCAAAACUUAAUAGUUAUUAUUAAAGAAAUAAGGGAUGAAAGCAGUGAAUAA